UUGGUCUUAGAUAUCUUUCUACCUACAAAUCCACUCCUACAAUUAUACUCUCCACAAUAUCUCACUGGUCUCUAACCCAAAAAAAUAUCUCACUGGUCUCUGUUCUCCUCUUCAACCGACUGUGUCUCUCUCUGUCUCCGUCUCUUCAUCUCAUUGACCUUGACAACGUGAACCGCAUCCUCAAGCUCAAAAUUUGCCAAUAUAUUUCUAAUGGCUGCCAUUAGCACUCAAACUACCUCAUCUUUGUCAUCAUUUUCUUCUUCAACACCACAAUGGAAAUAUGAUGUCUUUCUUAGUUUUAGAGGUAAGGACACACGCAAUAAUUUUACUGACCAUCUAUAUGUCGCCUUAAAGCAAAAGGGUAUUUUCACCUUUAGAGAUGAGGAAAAACUUGAGACAGGAAAAUCUAUUUCACCAGAGAUUAUGAAAACAAUAGAAGAAUCAAGGUUUGCAAUUGUCAUUCUCUCAAGAAACUAUGCAUCUUCUACAUGGUGUUUGGAUGAACUUGUAAAGAUCAUUGGGUGCAUGAAAGAAAUGGAAAUGACAGUUCUACCAAUUUUUUAUGAUGUGGAUCCAUCUACUGUACGAAAACAAGUAGGAACUUUUGCCCAAGCCUUUGCCAAACAUGAAAAACGUUUCAAGGACUACAUAGAGAAGGUGCAAACAUGGAGAACUGCUUUGAGAGAAGUAGCCAAUCUCAAAGGAUGGCAUGUACAAGCUAGGCCUGAGUCACAAAUUAUCCAAAAUAUUGUGGGAGAAUUAUGUCAUAAAUUAAGUUAUGCAUUCUCAGAAAAUACUGAAAACCUAGUAGGAAUAAUUUCUCGAGUGGAGAAAUUGGAGUCAUGUUUGGAUUUAGGGUCAAAUGAUGUUCGCAUUAUUGGGAUUUGGGGUAUGGGAGGAAUAGGGAAAACAACUCUUGCUAGAGUUGUUUUCCAUAUGGUUUCAGAUAAGUUUGAAGGUUGUUGUUUUCUUGCUAAUGUUAGGGGAGUUUGUGAAAAAGAUGGUUUAGUUCAAUUACAACGGCAACUCAUUCUUCAAAUUUUGAAUGAAAAUAUGAGUGUACAAGAUGUUAAUGAAGGAGUUCUUGUGAUCAAGAAUAGGUUACAUCAUAAAAGAAUUCUUCUUGUUCUUGAUGAUGUAGAUCAAUUCGACCAAUUAGACAAGUUAGCAGGGAAUCGGGUUUGGUUUGGUUUAGGUAGUAGAGUUAUAAUAACAACAAGAGAUAGGCAUUUGCUACAAAACCUUGGAGUAGAUGAAAUAUAUGAGGCUAAUGGAUUGACUUAUGACGAAUCUCUUCAUCUUUUGAGUUUGAAAGCUUUUAAAAAAGGUCACCCUCCCGAAGAUUAUCGAAAGCUAUCUGAAGAUUUUGUAUAUUAUGCUCAUGGGCUUCCUUUAGCUAUUGAGAUUUUGGGUUUGUUUUUGUGUGGUAGAAGUAUCAAUGAAUGGAAAAGUACAUUAAAGAGGCUAAAAGAGUUUCCAGAAAAUGAAAUUCUCCGAGUACUUAGAAUAAGUUUUGACGGACUACAUGAAACAGAGAAGGAAAUAUUCCUUAAUAUUGCUUGUUUCUUUAAUCAUAUGGAGAAAAGAAAAGUAGUAGAAAUACUAAAUUAUCUUGGCCUUUUUCCAAAUAUUGGAUUGGGGGUUCUUUUUGAUAAAUCCCUUGUUAAAUUCCGUGAUGAUCAUACUUUGUGGAUGCAUGAUUUGCUUCAAGAAAUGGGAAAGAACAUAGUUUAUGAAGAGUGUCCUAAAGAGCCGAGAAAGCGUGGAAAACUAUGGUUGUUUAAGGACAUCAAUGAUGUAUUGACAAAAAAUACGGGAAAAAAAGCAAUUCAAGGCAUAGUCUUAAGGUUGCAAAAACAAAAAGAGGCAUAUUGGAAUCCGGAAUGCUUUUCAAAGGUUCUUGAUCUUAAAUAGCUCAUAAUUGAUAAUGUUCACCUUUUGCAUGAACCCAAAUAUCUUCCUAAUGCCUUGAGAUAUCUUGAUUGGAGUGGAUACCCUUCAAAAUAUUUUCCAUCAAGCUUCCAACUAAAGCCUUUUGAUGGUUUGAAAUUCAUCCAAUUGAAUAACUCACUAAAAUUGAUUGAAACCCACGACUUCAACGAAAUCCCAAAUCUUGAGAAAUUGGUUCUUGAGGGUUGUAUAAAUUUCCGAUCCUUGCACCCAUCAAUUGGAGUUCAUAAAAAACUCACUUUUCUUAACCUAAAAGGUUGCAAAAACUUAAGAAGUCUUCCAAGCAAGUUUGAAAUGGAGUCUCUUGAGAUCCUUAUUCUUUCUGGUUGCUCAAAUUUAAAAAGAAUUCCAGUGUUUGGAGAAAAUAUGGAAAGUGUAUUAGAACUUUACUUGGAUGACACUGCUAUUACAAAAUUACCCACAUCAAUUGGGAAUUUGACUGGCCUUGCUUCAUUGAAUGUAAAAGAUUGCAAAAAUCUCAUGUCUCUUCCUAGUACCUUUUUAAAUAUGAAGCGGCUUAAAGAUCUCAAUCUUUCUGGAUGCUCAAAACUAGAAAAUUUGGUGACUAAGAAAAGUGCAGAGGAGGUUGAUGUGAGUGGAACUGCCACAGGACUUUUGCCUUAUUCCAAUGCUCUUUUUCGAACUCUUAAAAAACUAGCUUUCAGUGGAUUUAUGCCUAGAAGUCCCAAUUGCAUGGGCUUGUUAUCGACUUCUUUAUCGGGUUUGUAUUCUUUGACCAAACUGAAUCUAAGUUAUUGCAAUCUCGUGGGCUUGUUAUCAAUUUCUUUAUCGGAUUUGUGUUCUUUGACCAGCUUAGAUUUAAGUUAUUGCAAUCUCAAUGCAAUUCCCAAUGAUAUUUGUUGCUUAUUCUCUUUAAAAUAUUUAUAUCUAAGUGGAAAUAAUUUUAGUUGCCUUCCGGAAAGCAUCGCUCAACUAUCUAGGCUAUAUUGGUUGUUGGUGGACAAUUGCACGAGUCUUCGAUCAUGGCCAAAGCUUCCAUUAAAUAUUAUUUAUAUUGUGGGAAAGGGUUGUACCUCAUUGGAAACGCUACGAGGUCUUUUACAACCAAAUUCUUUAUUGACAUGCCUCUGCCUUUUAAAUUGCAAGAAACUGGCUGAUAAUCAAGGCUUCAUUGAUAUGUUUUUUGCAAUGAUAAUAAACUCCCUUUGGCACCCUCUCUUUCUCUCUGGUAUUCGUGACAUUGUUUUUCCUGGAAGUGAAAUUCCAAAGUGGUUUAGGUAUCAAAGUAUUGGGGAUGAAGUUAGUAUACCUUAUUCUCUUUUAUUUAAUGAGUGCUUAGGGAUUGCUGUUUGUGUUGUAUUUGGUUCUCAUUCACAUCACCAAAUCCUUGAAGACAAUUCACUUUACUGUUGUUUGAUAGUCAACGGAAAACAAAUUAAUUCAACACCAGGCAUUACAAGUAUUGUUCCUUUAUCAGAUCACAUUUGGCUACUUUAUUUGCUUCCUCAAUUCUACCAGUACGAAGACAUAAAAUCAUUGUGGGAAUGCAAUGCAAAUGGAUCCAGUCAGAUUGGAAUUAAAAUUCUGUCAAAAUGUUGGGACUUGAAGACAAACGAAAUAAUCCCAAGCAUGGUAAAGGUAAAGAAGUGCGGGUUGCGAAUGGUAUACAAGAAAGACAUCAAAGAUCUUAACGAAACUAUGGCUGAGAGAAGCAAUAACAACAUCACUCCUUAUGAAGGCUUAGAUGUUCCCCAUCAUAAUUUCGACAAUUUGAUAGCAGCAGAAAGUUACAAAGCCAAGCUAACCUGUGAUGGCUAUGAAGGGGCUGGAAGCUCUAAUUACGAACCUCACCCAAAAAGGAUUGAAAGCUCAUAGAUUUUAUGGCCCAAGGUAACUUUAACUGUGAAGAGUCAAGUGAGUACAAGGAAUGUGCUGAAGUGCUAGGUGAUUGGCAGGAGUCUAAUGAAAGUGACCUUGAAGGUUAAUCAACUUUUUUCUCUAUAAAUAGAGAUAAUUAUCUCUAAACAAAAUUUGGGCCAAUCAAGAGUUUACUACAUGUCUUCAAGCAUAUCAAUUCAAAGUGGAGUUUAUUCUCUAAAACCACUAUAAAUAGAGGACAUGCCCUCUCUUUUUCAUCACCAAGCUUUCAAGAAACCCAAGCUCUAGAGAAAUUUUGUCUCAAGAAUCUUUGAAGAACUUAAAGAACAUUCAAAGGACUUGAAGGACAACAAAUCUCUAACAAUCUCAAAGCUAGAGACUUGUUGUGAAGACCAUUUGAUCCAUCUUCCAAUCAAAUUGAAGAAAAUUUCGUGUUCAAGUCAAGACUACAAAGAAGAUAGAAUCAGAUGAGCGCUUUUUGUAAAAGAGUCAAAACAGAGAUUGUACUCACUACUUGAUUAAUACAAAAUUAUAUUUGUGGAACA